AUGAUGCAAUCCCCUACCAAUCUAGAUGAUAAAGGCUCCAAAUAUGAGCUGGUACAGAUUCCAUUAUUUAUCACCGGGGGAGUCUUUAUCUUUUUUGUCAUCGCGUAUUUCCUAUACGCGUGCUUUACACGUGAUCAGGAUCAAACACGAGAUGACACUGUUGAUGGUUCUGAGGCAACACCUCCUCUAUCAACCCAAGUGUCAAGUGACGGCAUUGAAGACGUUGACCACUACAGUCCGGUCAGCGUUACCUCAUUCCCCCUCGAACAAUUUUCUGGGGCGGAGAGUUGUACGAUAUGCCUGGAAGCUUUCAAGAUUGGAGAAGACGUUCGAGUUGUUCCCUCGUGCAGUCAUCAUUUUCAUGAUCACUGCAUCCGAGGCUGGACGGAAAAGGGGAACCAGUCAUGUCCUAAAUGUCGUCGGCUCUAUGGAGAUAUAGAAGACGGCUCUACGGAGAUAUAG